UAAAUAGUCCAUUUUGGCCCAAGAAACCAGUGCUAAGUGCUUCUGACCUAGGUUUAUAUUAUUCUAAAACCUCUAGUAGUAGUAGUGACCUGCGCUUUCACCCAUUCUCUUUAGCUCACGCCUCCUUCUUCUCAGACUAUAGAUUUCAGCUCUCAAUAGCUUAAGAAUCUUUCUUUCUUUUUUUCUUUUUUUUUUGGGUCUUAGAUAAGCAAAUGAGCAUGGAAAGAGUAGAGUUGCCACAACUUCACGAGCAUCCUUUGAUACCUUUCAAUCGCUUUGUUUCUAGUCGGUGCGACAGCGGCUGCAGCUUACUCAGUUACUAUAUCUAUGGAGGGUACCGUUGCAAUGAGCUGGGGUGUGAACAAGCUGUGUUCCAUAAAGAUUGUGCUAAUAUCAACCACUCUUUCCAUCCCGACCAUCCUCUCAAACUCAUCAUCCCUACCCUUCCCUUAGAAGAUUCCCAACGACAUAGAUGUUUCUGUGGAAGAAACCACUUGUUCUUCCUGAAAAUUCCUACGGAGGAGUUCACGAGCAUCCACUCAAACUCGUCUGUGACCCUAAUUCUUAUAGGAAAUGGCCAAUCUGCAAAGUGUGCAGGAGACCUGUAUACAUAGGAGCCCAUCUUUAUAUAGAUGUCAGGAGUGCGAAGAAUUUUUCAUCCAUAUAGACUGUCUUGAUCAUUUUCAUGAAGCAUACCAUACUUUCCACCCCCAACACCCACUCAAGUCACUUGAUAAGUCAUAUGUCCCUGAUUAUGCCGAUAAAAAUUGUCUUCUCUGCGGGAAGAAUUUGAAUUUGGUUCACCAACUUCACCACUGUGAUGUUUGUAAUGUCAGCAUAUGCAGAUCAUGUAUGAGAAAUCCACCACCGGUUGACGUUGACUGCCUGAAGACACAUGAGCAUCAACUUCAUCUUGUUCCAAGACUCAAUUGACUUCACUUGUAAUGCUUGUGGGACUCAAGGUAGCCGAAGCCCUUAUUUCUGUCUUCCAUGCAAUUUCAUGAUCCACCGUGAGUGUAUUGAUUCACCACGUGUCAUCAACAUCAACCGCCACGAUCACCGUAUCUCUUACACCCCUCGCCUCGGUCAUGGAGAGUGGAAAUGCAGAGUUUGCCGUAAGAAAGUGGAUGGAUUCUACGGGGCUUAUACUUGCUCAAAGUGUCCUAGUUUGGCUGUUCAUGCAAGAUGUGCAUGAACACUGGUGGCCCUAUGCUCAGAAAAUUAACAUGAAGGCGAGUACGUAGGAUAAUACUGAUACUUAUCAGAUAUCAUUUUCUGCAAAAUUCUUUCUUUUUCUUUUGUUUUGGCACAAGAUUGUAAAUCUUUCGGAAAUGCACUCUUGAAACCAUGUCUUUGUAUAGACUAUGCUCAAAGAGAUUGCUCUCGGGGAAGAUUUCAAUGAUUGCAAAGGCGAACAUGGUUGAGGGCGAGCUUUUUUAUUCUUGUUGUUGUACUCUUUAUAGUUGCAUUGUAUUUGUUGUUGUACUCUUUAUAGUCGAUUAACUCGAAAAACUCUCUACGUAAGAGAUGGUAAUUUUACAGGUUGGUAUCAUUACAAUACGUUGAAGAUUGUUCUAAAUUUCUUACCAUUUGGGUCUUAGAUAAACAAAUGAGCAUGGAAAGAGUAGAGUUGCCACAACUUCACGAGCAUCCUUUGAUACCUUUCAAUGGCUUUGUUUCUAGUCGGUGCGACAGCGGCUGCAGCUUACUCAGUUACUAUAUCUAUGGAGGGUACCGUUGCAAUGAGCUGGGGUGUGAACAAGCUGUGUUCCAUAAAGAUUGUGCUAAUCCCUUGAAAGAGAUCAACCACUCUUUCCAUCCCGACCAUCCUCUCAAACUCAUCAUCCCUACCCUUCCCUUAGAAGAUUCCCAACGACAUAGAUGUUUCUGUGGAAGAAGUUUCAUAUUCGGAUAUUGUUGCUCAAUAUGUGAUUUCAAGUUGGAAUUGGGGUGUGCGAAGAGACCAGAACCACUUGUUCUUCCUGAAAAUUCCUACGGAGUUCACGAGCAUCCACUCAAACUCGUCUGUGAGCCUAAUUCUUAUAGGGAAUGGCCAAUCUGCAAAGUGUGCAGGAGAUGGAGAGCUCGAGAUCGAGAGAGAUGGAGUCAUGGAGAUGAAAAAAAUGAUUUUCCCCAAUUAAAAACCCUAGAGAUUUUAAUGAUUUGGACGGCAAAUGUCCAUUUGGUCUUGUCAAUUGGUCUUUGGGCGUAUUUGGGCGUUGUCCAGUUGGACAACAAAAUAUUUUGGACGAAUUUGGGCAUGUCCAUAUUAGUCCAUAUUAAUUUGGACAUGGACGUCCAUGGACAGAGUGUCCAGUUGACAUCCCUAAGGAGACGUGUAUACAUAGGAGCCCAUCUUUAUAGAUGUCAGGAGUGCGAAGAAUUUUUCAUCCAUAUAGACUGUCUUGAUCAUUUUCAUGAAGCAUACCAUACUUUCCACCCCCAACACCCACUCAAGUCACUUGAUAAGUCAUAUGGUGGUGAAGUCCCUGAUUAUGCCGAUAAAAAUUGUCUUCUCUGCGGGAAGAAUUUGAAUUUGGUUCACCAACUCCACCACUGUGAUGUUUGUAAUGUCAGCAUAUGCAGAGAAUGUAUGAGAAAUCCACCACCGGUUGACGUUGACUGCCUGAAGACACAUGAGCAUCAACUUCAUCUUGUUCCAAGACUCAUUGACUUCACUUGUAAUGCUUGUGGGACUCAAGGUAGCCGAAGCCCUUAUUUCUGUCUUCCAUGCAAUUUCAUGAUUCAUCGAGAGUGUAUUGAUUUACCACGUGUCAUCAACAUCAACCGCCACGAUCACCGUAUCUCUUACACCCCUCGCCUCGGUCAUGGAGAGUGGAAAUGCAGAGUUUGCCGUAAGAAAGUGGAUGGAUUCUAUGGAGCUUAUACUUGUGCCAAAUGUCCUAGUUUUUCUGUUCAUGCGAGAUGCGCAACAAGAAGUGAUGUAUGGGACAUGGUCGAACGAGAAGGGACACCAGACGAAGAAGAGGAAAUUGCGCCUUAUGAGGUGAUUGAUGAUAACACCAUAAGACAUUUCAGCCAUGAUCAUCAUAACUUACAAUUCAACAAGGAUGAGAUGAUUCUAUCGGAAAACACACUAUGCAAGGCAUGCGUCUUCCAGAUUGGUGAAGAACCCUUUUACAUUUGCAAGCAACAAGAAUGCGAUUUCAUUCUCCACGAAAAAUGCGCAAACCUUCCACGGAAGAAACGUCAUGUGCGCAACAACCUGCCUUUCACGCUUCGUGCAGAUUCUCACUCCUAUUUUCGGGGUGUGACUUGUGAUCAGUAUUCCACAGGUUUCAGGUACGAAUCUGUAAAUUCUGUGCCUAUAGAUGUACGAUGUGCUUCGAUUUCAGAUUCACUUGAUCACGAAAGCCAUCCUCAUCCUUUAUACUACUACAACUGGGCCAUUGACUAUCGUAAGAGUUGUAGUAGAUGUGGUAAGGUGGACACCAUUUACUUUUAUUGUGAUGAGUGUGAAGACUAUAAAGUGGAUGGCAAGUGUGCUAUGUUACCGAAAAAGGUAUUGAGAAACAGAUAUGAUGAUCAUCCUCUCUUCUUGUCAUAUGAAGACAUGAAUGUGGAUGAAAAAUAUUGGUGUGAGGCAUGUGAAACCAAAGUAGAUUCAAAGAGAGGUUUCUACACAUGCAAUGAUUGUGGAGUCAUUUUGCAUAUUUCAUGUGCACUUGGAGACUUCUCAUAUAUCAUGCCAGGUUCCUUUAUUUCUGUUAACUUCGAUUUUGGAUACAUAUAUAUCAGGGAAGGUUCCAUGACAAGCUCCAAUGAAGAAGUGGUGUCCAACACCUCUAUUUGUAGACCACUUUGUGCUGUGUGCAACUCUCGAUGCAAACUCCCUUCGGUUCUUAAGCUUUCCAAAAGCGGAGGAGUUGUUCUAUACUUUUGUUCUUUAACAUGUCGUGAACACUUUGGGCGUAAUCAAUAAGCAUAUCUAUCUUAUUAAAACAGAAACAUUAUGACUUCUUCUAGGUGGAUUUUUAAGUUGGACAUCACAUUAUUAUUCUUAGUCUAAUCUUUCAUUUAAAUAUUUCCUUAAAGAGUUAGAUAUCAACCAUCCAUUAAUUAACUCCACAAUAAGAUCUAUGUCUUACAUUAUAUACAUCUAUUAAACAAAAUAUCUAUUCUUUUCGUUAGAAUAUACUCACAUUAUCAUAUUUAUAUUAUAUCAUAGUACAAAUAUAACAAUCCCUCUCUUUUAUUAUAGUCAAAUGAAUACAAUAAACCUCUCUUUUAUUAUAGUCAAAUGAAUACGAUAAAUGUCUCCAAUAUUUACACGAGUCUGAGUUAUUAAAAAUAAAAAUAUAAAUAGAUAGAAAUAAAAAUAAAUAUUACACAUGUUAUUAAAAAUAUAAAUAUUAUUACACGAGUAGGUUGACAAAAAAUUACAAAAAUUACACGAAUCUUUAGCCAGUCAUUAUACAACUAAACCAAUUGAUUCAAUUAACCAAAUAACUCUCAACCUACAAUAUCGGAUUUAAAAAACAAUUAUUUGGCAUCAAAUACUGAUGAAUCUUUAAAUUUUUAAAUAGCUUGAUACAUAACUUUUAAAACUCAAUACUAAAGAUAUCAGAAUAUAUUUUUUUGAUUCUCAAAUAAUCGAGGUUUACUUUGAAUAUACACUGAAUAGAAUAUACUAACGUAUAUUCUUAUUUCAAAAACAUCAAUUUAUACUUUUAAAAAAAAUCGAUUAUUGAAAAACCUCUUCACCAAGUUGAGUCUACUAUACCUAAAAUCUCGGUUACAAUCAAAUAUUCACAAUCAAAUUGCCAGAUUUGAAAAAUCAUGAAUAUGGAAAACCCUCUUCUCCAAGUUUAUUCUACUAUACCUAAAAUCUCGGUGUCAAUAGAUUUUGUAUUUAUUAUAUCUAACUUAAUAGGUUAGAAAAUAUUCAAUUCCUCCCACUUAAAAUGUGUGUACAAGUACUUGCCUUCGUAUUUAUCAUUGGACAUUCACAAAACAUUUAGAAAAAACUCCCAAAAAGCACAAUGUCAAAACCAAAUCGUAUUGUUUGAUAUUAUGUUAGUGUUUUCACCAUACAGUUAUAUCUCUAAUACACCAAUGAAAAACUAUUAAUAGAAAAAACAGUUUUAACAUUUUUCUUAAACAAUGAGAAAACUCGAAAUUAUAUAAAACCAUAUUAUGUGAAAAUGACAAACUUCAAAUUAUAUUAACUAUUAUAGAAUAUAUGUUAUGUGUUAAAAAUAAAAAAUAAAUCCGCGCGGUCGCGCGGAUCAUGAUCUAGUUUUAAUUAAAAAAGAAAACUUUGUAUCACUGUUCUAAAUUUCUAAUGGAAGUUAUAAUAUCUGUUGUAUCAAACGGUGUCUCGCCUGAACACUGGUGGCCCUAUGCUCAGAAAAUUAACAUGAAGGCGAGUACGUAGGAUAAUACUGAUACUUAUCAGAUAUCAUUUUCUGCAAAAUUCUUUCUUUUUCUUUUGUUUUGGCACAAGAUUGUAAAUCUUUCGGAAAUGCACUCUUGAAACCAUGUCUUUGUAUAGACUAUGCUCAAAGAGAUUGCUCUCGGGGAAGAUUUCAAUGAUUGCAAAGGCGAACAUGGUUGAGGGCGAGCUUUUUUAUUCUUGUUGUUGUACUCUUUAUAGUUGCAUUGUAUUUGUUGUUGUACUCUUUAUAGUCGAUUAACUCGAAAAACUCUCUACGUAAGAGAUGGUAAUUUUA